AUGCCCAUCAUAGAGGAAGGGCCUGAGGCUACAACUCUCGAUCAUGCGAUCAACGAAGUGUCUGACAAGACGGUUCGCAUGGUUCUCAAAUCCAUCUGUGAGAAAAAUGAGGAGGCCCGCAAAGAAGCCGAGCGUCUGCUAUUGGUGACGCCUACCGAUAGUGAGGGGGCCUGUCAACAUUGCAUACAAAGAGGCCAGUACCACGAGGAAUGUGAGCCUACUGGUGAGGCUCUUUGGGUUGACAACGAUGGUGACCUAUAUGAUGUCGACACCGACGAGAUGCGCAGGGACUUUCCAGAGUGCUUUACAUUCGAGUGCUGUGAUGGGAAUCUCAGAGAUACCCCCCAUGGGUGUGUAACUGAUUUCCAUCAAGAACGGCCUGUCGACAACAACCCGUCAAAACGCGCAAGAGCCAACUAA